GUGGACGUCGUCUCAUCCAUACUUCCGCCUUCCUCCACAUCUCGGGAGCAUCCGCAUUACUCUCGCGCGAACUGUAAAAGGAAAGAGGCGUCAACUGGCGACAUGGCUGGCGGCGUGCGCAAAUAUCACACCAAAUCUCGAAACGGCUGCAGCCAAUGCAAGAAAAGGAGGAAGAAGGUAUGUUACGACCACCCCGUCCGUAGAAGGAUCGCGACGACCCUAUCUAGCGUUAGAUCUGGCGCAAGAUAUGGCGCAGGUCUAUGAGGAUCGUUCGACUGCGAACGGGUGUUCCCUGCGUGUUCGUCGUUGAGCUCACCCGAUCCAGUGCGACCAGCGCCCGCCGAGAUGCUCAAAUUGCCAGAAAUGGGGCGUCGUAUGCGACUUCACGGCUUGGACUGCAGCUGUGCAGCCGGUAAUGGAAAAGACGUUCGCCCAAGCCUUGCCCGCAGGCGCAAUGCUCGCCUAUCCCAUGCCACUCCCCACGUUUGACGCGGAGGACGUUGAGCUUCUGCGCCAUUAUGCGACCCAAUCGUCUCUUACGCUUUCUCCCAGAGACACCUUGUCCCUGUUCCAGGUGAACGUGCCGGGCGAGGCGAAAACCCAUCUGUUUCUGAUGCACAGCGUCUUGGCUUUCUCUGCGCUGCAUCUUUCCUGCGUCAACAAGGGCAAACGAGACCAGUACAUCCAAGCUGCAAGCAGGCAACACCAGCAGGCUCUGACCUCGUUUCGCGAAUCCGUAAGCGAGGUGAACAUUGACAACUGCGGCGCAAUCACUGCAUUCUCCUUCCUCACCGUGGUCUACACCCUCGGGCUACCCAUCGUUUUCGGUUUCUCGAGUACGCCGAGCCCCGCAUACGCAUUUCUUGACGUUCUUCAAGUGCUACGAAGAGCAUGGUCUGCGAUUGGCCCCGCCCUCAUAGGCGUCGAAAAAGGAAAGCUCCGAGAGCUAAUUAGACCAAUACCCAGCAAACGCAGGUCAUGCCCCAUGCACGCCAAAGGCGGGAGGAUUAUACGUUUCCUCGAGCAAUAUCUGGAGAGUUCCCCGAUAAUCGAACCAGAGUACCGGCACAUCUAUCGACAGGCCCUUGCGCAUUGGGAGCACUUCUUUUUAAACAUGCCCUGCAAGCCGCCGUUGUGGGCGAACGCGCUCGUAUGGCCAAUGACGGUCUCUUCCGCGUUCUUUGAACUCCUCAUGGAGAAGAGACCCUUUCCGAUGAUCCUUAUAGCGGUCUGGUCCAUAGCUUUGGAUCGGGCGCCGAACAUGUGGUUCAACGCUUGGGGCAAGAGGAUCAUUGGCGAUAUAUGGGAUAUCUCGGAUGAAGAAAUGAAAGAGGCGUUGGUCUGGCCCGCGGAGGUGGUCGGCGUGAUCCCACCCAAAUUUCAUCCAGAGGGAUGUGUAUGCUGGAGUUGCCGUGAAGGCGACCAUACAGAUCCUACGUUGUUAGUGCGGGAUGCGGCGGCCGCGGUCCUAGUGGACAGGACGGUGCAUGGGUAGCAGGAAAACAAGACGGCCAGGGCACCUGAUGUUCAACACCGCAGGACACACAACGCUCCUGAUGAUUUGCCGAACGGAGGAAAGUGUACAUGAAGAACAUAUUGAGUUGAAAGAGUGGGAACAUGGAGGCUUCGGAGGCUAUCUGCUUUCUCGUACUUCCUCGUCCCCGGCCUGUUUCCCCUGC